CUUUCUCCUUGGGAUUGGGGCUCUCUUCUUUUCAAAUGUUGUUUUCCAGUCCUCUGGGGAGGAAAUAAACUUAAUGAUGAGUACAAUAGGAAAAUACUUCGUGCUAUGGGAAGAUAUUGUUAUAUCCUGAGUGGGAUUAGAAGAGGUUGGGAGGCAGGACUAAAGGUGUGUUUACAGUAAGCACUCCGAGAAAUAACUGGCUAAAAGUGUUUGUUACUGUUCGGGCUUUUGAUGUGUUUUUACAGAGCAGCAGAAGCACAAAGGGCCCCGCGUUAAACAUACCUUAGAACACAAUGUGCGGAUCCUUACAUUCGAUGCUAAAGUACAUAUAUUUUGUUCUUGAUUCCUUUGAAAAGUGUCUAAUUUGGUUUUUAAAGAUUCUAUUUCGCAGAAGAAAACCUCGGGCUUCCCCGGAGGUCCAAGGAGGACUUGACACAUCGUCUAACCACAAGAGAGCAGUCUUCCCUUUGAUGAGCGCUUCUUCUCCACCUCCCCAGAAAUGAAAGAGCAGAGAGGUAUGUUUGCAAACACUCUGAAAGCUCUUUCCAUCAGACCUGAACGCCGGAAACCACAAAGGGCAGUCAAGUUUGGAUUUUCAAGGAGAACGCCGGAGUAAACUUUCGCUCUGUUGGCCAGCCGAUCAGCCAGUGCCUGGGGAGGCUCUCUGCUCAAUUCCUGAACAAGUUCGGGCUCCCGGAUAGCCACACUUGCUGACCCAAGGAGUGAAUUACAACAAUUGGGCAGCUUUGAAAGAUCAAUCUGCUUAGAGUGCGACCGUCUAUCCAGGCUGGGAACCCUAUGUUAACUCUUAAACUAAGAUCAGAGGAAGCACAUGGAUACAAGCGUUGAUGAGGCGAGCCCUCUAUCUUUGCCCCUUCUUCUCUGAAGCUUUAUAAAGACCCAAGAAGAGCAACCUGCUUCGGAAAUCAUGCAAAGUUCACUCCAAGUGUGCUCAGGUACCUAACUUCUGGACCUAGAAACUUCUCCAGAGACAGACCGGGAAGUCUGGAUGGACCAGAAUCUCCGCUACGACAGCUUCCAGUCUCGUCUUCAAGGUGAGAGAGUCAUCUGCGUGCUUUUUCGCAGAGAAUGGAAAAACGCAGAUCGGCCGGACUGCUUGCCCUGCCGUCCGCGCUACGUACAGCGCCGCUGGGCGCGCUGCCCGGGAGGGAGCCCUGCAGGGUCUCGGUGCGCCAGGAUGCCGCGGACUGCGCGCGGAGACGGCCGUACUCGUCCCUGCCGCUUGGGGGCGUCGCCGAGCCCGCCUUUUUGCGCCAACGCAACGAGCGCGAGCGGCAGCGCGUGCGCUGUGUGAACGAGGGCUACGCGCGCCUCCGCCAGCACCUGCCGCGCGAGCUGGCGGGCCAGCGGCUCAGCAAGGUGGAGACGCUGCGCGCCGCCAUCAGCUACAUCAAGCAACUGCAGGAGCUGCUGGAGCGCCACCGGCCGGACUGCAACAGCGAUGGCGAGUCCAAAGCAUCCUCCGGAGCCUCGCCCUGCAGCGAGUCUGAGGAGCGUAGCUAGCAGCAUCCUAGCCCACUGGGCUUUCAUGGUUGCUUCUCCGGGCCUAGAUCUUUAAAACAAAACCAAAAACCAGAAAACAACUAAGUGCUUCUGGAUCUAGGAAAGAAAGGUAAUUGAAUGUUUAGAGAGUUUGGUUUUUUUUUUUUUUUUUUUUUUUUGUCCCCUUUCACCUUCAUUGGUUCCGAGUUUGCAGCUUAAAAAUGCUUAAGGAAACUCAAUUCUCGUAUUUUUGAAGCACAGAAGGGCCAUCUCAAAUCUAUGCGGUGAUUUUAAAAACACAAAGGACUUUAAGAAACCUUAGCCAGAGAAGAAACACACACACACACACACACACACACACACACACACGAGACAGUCCUUCACGCGAGAGGAACAUUCUCACUCAUUCCUUCCAAUUGGGAAAUGCACUGGAAAUCUCAACACCUCACUGAGGGUAGGACACUCCAUAAGACAUUUGUGGAGCAUCUGCUGGACCUGAACGUCGCUGUGCUAAAAAGGACAAUGCUUGACCUAUCUUGCUUCGUCCGCAAGAGGUAGAUCGGAAACUUUAGCAGCUAAUAAAGUGCCGCGAAGUUAAUGAUCUUUUUGGAGGAGCUCUGAAUGGCCAUCUUCUCUCCCGGUUUCUGCCCACUGUUUCUCUUGCCCUUUUGUCUAUGUGUUCCCCUGUACAGUUCUCAUCCCGUCUAACCUUUGCUUGGAAAAAAUAAAAAAGCAAGUAUGCUUA